UUUACGUUCGCCAAUGUUCCAGAUGGGAAAAAUAUUAUUUGCGAAAAUGUCAGACCAAGAUAUACACAAGAGCUAAUAAUAUUGGAGGAAUAAUCGACUUACAAUGAUAUCUAUCUCCCUUGCUAUAUACCUUUCUGCGUUUUACACAAAUGUUAAAGGUAGUGGUGUUUUGGAAAUAAAUCUCAUUGAAUAUGUAAACUUGAACCACAAAACUGUGAAUGGCGUGUGUUGUCGAACGACAGAAGCUUCUACAUGUAGAUAUCAUUGCCACAAUCGCUUCACUAUAUGUGUUUUCGAGAAAAAUGAUCCAUCCGCCACCUGUGUUUAUGGCGGAGAUGUGAAAUCAGAGUUUAUGGCGAAUGAUAAUAUAUUAUUUUCAAAACAACUUUCAGACUCGGUAUCAAAUCCAGUGGAAUUUAAUUUUACAAAAUGGCGGAACAAUCUCCAAAUAAGAGUUCUGGUCGAAGCUCAAUAUUCAGGUACAAUAUCCCCUGUUGUAUCGUUUGAACAAGCUAUCGACGUUGGUGUUGUUUCUCGCGAAAGCAGUUAUUCAAAGGAAUACAUUUUAGAAGUAGGAGAGUUCGACGAAGCCAAAUCACUGAAAUUUAAAACAAGAUCCACAUGCAAUAAGUGGUACAUGCUGCCCGACUGUGUGUUACAAUGUAUACCACGUGACGAUCACAGUGGGCACUACACGUGUGACGACGUUAAAGGAAAAAUAUGUCUUUCUGGAUGGGUAAAUGUCGAGAAAAAUUGCACAGUAUGCAACUCCACAAAAUGUGCACAGACAUUUUCAUCCACUGAUUUAAAAAUCUCUUCAAGAAAUCAGCUGUCUUCACAAAACAUUCACACUUCGCAUAUAAGAAGUACCUCACAUUAUAAAAGUUUGGCAACCUCCUCCACACCCACUGGCAUAAGUGUCACAACCCAACAUAGCGUUCCAAACACACGGCAUCCUACAACGACGACAAAAUUGAACACCCUGGAGUCCAUACGAAGUUCUCCUUUCUUUACGCUCCGAGACUCAAUUUCGUACAGAGCAAGUACUACAAGGUAUACAAAAAAUAUAAAAACUUGGUAUUAUAGCCAAACUUUGCAUUUUACUUCACAGUUAAGUGAAACACGGGAAACUUUAUUCAUAAAACCAACAACUUCAUAUCAUGCAACAAGUAACAAGAAGAUACGAACACCUGUUUCUCAAACAAAUAGCGCCCCCGCCACAAUAUCCGCCACUAACACAACCACUGCGUUGCUUACAUCUCAAAUGCAAACACAUAAAAAGAGUAGUCAUUUCAGUUCGAACAAUGUAGGAAAACAUACAACAAUUAUUUACGAGACAAGGAAAGAUUCAUUUACCAAGUCCACACUUCGACUUAGUGCUUCAAUCCACACUUCGCCUUCAGAUAGUUCAGUAGAGCUUACAUUAAGAACAACAAAAUACUUCAAACGCACAACAUUCUACAUGUCUCCUAUAUCAAAAACCACAAAGACUCCGAUAUCUCACUUUGGUGUAACCAAAACAAGGUUGAGCAUAAAUACGUUAGUGUCGCAUGUUAGUCCAUCACGCACUAUUUUGGCUCAAACUUCAAUUCUCAAUACGACAACAACGCCUACAGAUAAAACACCAAAUGUAAAAAAAAUAAAGUUUAUUUAUUUUCUUAUUGGUUUAGUGUUAGCUUUUGUUCUAUUUACAUCCGUGGCUUACAUCAUAUGCAGACGUCAUAGGAAGCAACAAAAACGAGCAGAAAUUUCAAAAAUGUAUACAUCCGUCAACGUCAAGCAAUAUGCGAAAGAGAUGAAAAACUUUUAUGGCUCUGCACCAAACAAUCCUGCAUUGGGUGGCCAAGAUUCUAAACCAUAUGAGCAUCACAGAAGCCCAACAAACUACACACCAAUCACAGAGCUGUGAAGUGUCAGAAAAAAUAUUUGAAACCAACCUCAAAGCCUUCCCUAAUAAUAACUUAUGAAGUCUUUGAUAAGAUAACGAAAAUUUGACAAAUGAUGUUCUUUUUUUAACCUAACUUUUUCCUUCAUUUUUGCAUGCCAUUUGAGGACAAAAAUAUGAGCAAAGACAAUGAAUAUGUGCCUAAGUUUUAUACGACAUCAUAUUACUUACACAUUAAGAAACGAUUUUAGAAACAAAAAUUAAAUAUGAUUUUUUCGUCCCUUAUGACCUUCAAUCUUGUGCCCAAGGUUCUUCUACGCCGUAACACUACGAAGCUGUGGUCAGAAUAUCAUAGGCGUAUGAAAAACAUGUAGACGAGGUUGUAUGAACAACAUUUAACAACAUUUUCUAUAGUUUGCAAAGUAUUUCUAAAAGAAGCAUACGACUAGUCACCAAAUUCCAAUACUUAAACUGAAGUUUGAAAGUUUUAAGACAGAUGAAGGAGUUAAAGACGCAUCACAUACUACAUCAUAGUAAGCAAUACACAUUUGGCAAGAAGUUCUAUAAAUCACUGCUAUGACGUCAUGGAAAACAUACAAACUCCCUCGGGCUUUAGACUGUCACCAAGCUUACAGUAAAUAAAUAAAUUAAUAAACGAGAUAAACAACAUAAGCAUCACGUGAUUGAAAGGUAAAUAUAACGGUACCGAAGAAUGUGGAAAGAAUAUAUAUUUACUUUAUGACAUCAGUAUGUUCGCUUUUGAGUUGAUUAGAGAAUUAGAAAGAUUAUAAAUGUUUUUUGUUUCUAUUAAAUGAAGGAUUUUCAAUGUAAAGUAAGAAUUAAAUUAGAUCAGCACUGCGAAACAGAU